AAUCAACUUGUACAACAAUGUGUCCCCUAACCUGAGUCAGUAUCCCCGGUUUUAUUGAAGUUUGAAUCCAAGAAAUACAGUAUUUUAAAUGGCAAAUCUCUUCCGAUUGCCAAUAGCCAGAAACUUAAUAGUUCAAGUGUACAAAAACCAGUCGAGAAACAUAAUGACAACCCCAGCGAGAGCUAAAAAAUUACUGGAGUCCUUGAAGGACAAUCCGUACUUCGAUAAGUAUGCUGCAGCCAUCACUCGUCUCCAAGAGACAAAUCCAGAGGAAUUCGUUUCGAAAAUUGAGGAGCAGCAGAGGAAGGAUGAAGAUAAAAAAGAGAGGGCGAAGGCCUUUAAAAACGAUGCAGCAGCCAAGCCAGCCCUGAAACCAAGCAUGCAGAGGAGUCAGGCACGUCUGUCUGACGUCAUGAAGACUGAAUUACUCGAGGACAAAGGCAAGGAUGAAAUAACAGAUAUUUGGUUAAGCUAUCACAAAGAACGUGACUGUAUCUCUGGUGCAAUGGAUUCAGAGAGAUUCAAUGCCAUGUACGAAGUGUCAAUGAAGUAUCCAACAUUUAUUCUCCCAUUACCCAGAGAAAAUGGAUACGAAUUCAUUCUCACUCAGUUUUAUGGCACCGAGGUGCACAUGACACCUCUACUCUGGUACCAAACUCAUCAGGAGAAUGCACCUGAGUGCAUGACCAUUGUCCACUAUCUCGAGUUCAAGGACUCGAAGAAUCUGGUACUCAUGAGGGGACAGUUUGACACUAAAUCGAUUAAUGUGCAGGAGGCACAGUGUCUCGCUAAUCAAUUGCAGUUGUAUUACUCUGGAGAGGAGAACGAGAGAUUCGCAUUGCUGAAGACUUUUAACGAGAGGCCUGAUGAGUUCAAACACAUGGACCUCAUCUCCCAGAUGGAGAGUGUCUCUUUGUUUACUGGAAUUAAAUCAGAAAAUAAAAAAUCGUUGGGAUUUUUUCUGAAGCCCUGGAUGAGAGUGCAGACGAGAUUGUACUCGAGUUUUGAGAGAAUGUCUGCGUACGUUAGCACCCCAAUAUUUUACGUGAAUGCUGGUCCACAUAUCGGGCAUUUAUACUCUGCUGCGAUGGCUGAUGCUGUGGCUAGGUACAAUAGAAUGCUGGGGCGUGAGACAUUUUUCAGCACUGGAACUGAUGAGCAUGGGAAUAAAGUCAGAAAUGCUGCGAUGUCGAGGAAUUUAUCACCAGACAACUACUGUUAUGAGAUUUCCCAGUUGUUCAGGGGAAUGUGUGAUGAUUUUCACGUUGAAUAUUCGAAAUUUAUCAGAACUACUGAUGAGGAACAUCAAGAGGGAGUUCACAAAUUUUGGACGAAUUUACACAAUUCUGGUCACAUUUACCUCGGUAAAUACUCAGGCUGGUACUGUAUGUCUGACGAGGCCUUCGUCCCCUCGUCUGAGCUGGAGGAGCUCAAGAAACCAGAUGGUAGCGCAAUAAAAAUCUCCUCAGCAUCUGGAAACCCUGUGGAGUGGAUGGAGGAGGAGAACUACAAAUUUCGGUUGAGCUCAUUUCAGGAUGACCUGAGACACUGGUUGAGGAAUGAGAAAUCCGUUCAGCCAGCGAAAUACCACAGGAUAUUGUCGAACUGGGUGGAGGAAGGUGCGUGUCUCGAGGAUCUCAGUGUCUCCAGGCCAGCAACGAGAGCACCCUGGGGUGUCAAAGUCCCCAAUGAUGAUUCCCACACUGUUUAUGUCUGGCUGGAUGCCUUGAUCAAUUACUUAACAGUCCUGGGGUAUCCUGAGGAUAAUUAUAAAAAAUUCUGGCCUCCAACAGUUCAAGUGAUUGGUAAAGACAUUUUAAAGUUCCACGGAGUGUAUUGGCCGGCAUUUUUAAUAGCAGCGGGUAUGGAGCCUCCGAGGACUCUCCUGUGUCACUCCCACUGGACAGUGAACAAUGAAAAAAUGUCUAAAUCUAAGGGGAACGUUGUUGCACCAUCGAAAGCAGCAGAAACAUUCACUCCCGAUGGUCUCAGGUACUUCCUCCUGCGAGAGGCUGUGCCCCACAGUGAUGCAAAUUACAGCGAAGAGAAGAUUCGAAAGAUUCUCAACGCAGAGCUGGCGGAUACCCUCGGAAAUCUGUUCAGCAGGUGCAUGGGGAGGGCUGUGAACCCUCGCGGAGUCAUCCCAGAGGCCUCGAUGUCCCACAAAGACGUCUUAGGUACGGAAGAAGCUGAAAACCUGGUGGAGAGUCUCCAUUGUCUGCCAGCACUAGCCCAGGAAGCCUACGAGGCCUACAAUUUCCAUCAAGUUGUCGACGCAGUCAUGGGGACUCUGAGAUGCGCCAAUAAAAUGAUUGAGCAUCACAAGCCUUGGGCUCUUGUCAGACUCGACGACGAUGCGUCUCUGGAUAAACUCGAAGCUGUCCUCGCACUUGGACUCGAGUCUACCAGAGUCAGUGCCCUCAUUCUACACCCAAUCAUCCCCAGACUCACCGAGAACCUUCUCUAUCAUCUCCAGAUUCCCACAGAUUCCAGACAAUGGAGAAACACCGAAUUCUCGAGGAGUGGGAGAGUUACAGAAGGUUUUGCGCAGAAGAGACUCAACAGUCUGAUAUUCUUCAAGCGGAUCAAGUAAAUCCUUUAUGUAACAUUGCUUUCAAUAAAAUCAUUUUUGCGGAACAGCCGCGUGCAAAUGAAUUUUCUCUUGAACUCAAUUUAUCGAGAAUACAUGCUGAUGUCAACUGUAUUCUUACUGCUUUGUUUCCUCCGAGGGUAAUGAGAAGUUUAGGGAGAACUGUGCGUGUUUAACACCUCCUUGAGUUGUUAAACACGCGCAGUCACGCACUGAGACGCAUGAGCUUUCUCAGUGUGUGUACAGGUAUUAUUAUUAUUAAUAAUAAUACCUGUAAUAAUAAU